AUGGUGGCUCUAGAAGAGAAUCAAAUGGAUUUUAAGAUCGCAGUGCAUUCGAUGGAGGACACAAUGUCAACCAUCUCGAGUCCAGAAGGCCCAGCAACUAUCUCUCAGACGACAGACAAUGGCGCAGCACCGCAGUCUGGGGAUUUUAGAUGCGGUAUUUGCAACAAGACUUACAGCCGACGCGACCUCCGCGACCGACACCGGCGACGGUGCAUCAAAACUGCCGGCCAAGAACGUCUGUCGAAGCGCAAAUCCUGCGAAACAUGCGCGCAAAAGAAGCUCCGUUGCUCUAUGACUCGACCGGCGUGCGCUCGCUGCAUUCAGAUGGGGACUGCAUGCCACUACCCCCCGACGUCCUUGCCUCCUCGGAUCGCUGAUCCUCAAGAUACUCCUCCUACGUCAUCGGCCUCGGUCGCUUCAUCGAGAUCGGGUCAAUCGACACAUUCUCCCAACGCCAUGGGCCGCAAUAUGGUGACGGACACUUCCUCAGCCAUGGCGUUGGACGACGUGCCCCAUUCGGGCACAAAUGGCACUCAUCCGCUGUCCGCGACCGGCCAACAAUGCAAUCCUACACCCAGCCACUUCGACCCGAUGUCUGCAACAGGGUGGAAUCCUUUCGGGACCACAAAUAUGGACUCCAUGGUGCGGGCGUUGGAUGGGUCUCUUUUUAGUCCCGGUGGUUCCUUGCCUUGGGGCGACGACUUCACACCGCUGACUGAUCCCAUGUCUGUCGGCAAUACCUUCGCCGGCGCCAUGGACGAGCCAAGCAACCCAGGAUCAUCGUAUUUCUUGCCCCUUCAUGAAAUCUCCAAGCCAGUAGGAUCGUUAGAGGCUCCCCAGCCAGGUGCCUUGACAGCAAAUUCCUACAACGCCAACUCUCCUUACAAUGUUCCAUCGCUCUCAUCCUCUUCUUCAGAAAGUCACUAUCGGGAUGGUUCCAGUCGCGGGGAGGAGAACGAUGCGGCGCAAGGACUGCUUCGCGGUGACCAUUCCCCGCGAUUGACCCUUGGCUACCAUUUUGUUCCAAAGGUCGGUCCAUUUGCUAUGCGAGAUUACGAUGAAGCCUACCGAGACUUGUUCUCUGUGUUCCGCGAAUAUCCCGGGAUGAUCCUAGAGCGCGAGUUCUGGUCGCCCUUUGUGCACCAUCGUCUGUACCGUUGCUCGAUGGGCGGUAUGGCCGAACCCAUGGGAAUCGCCUUGGCCUGUGUCUCAGCCCAUGCCAGUUCCGUCGAGUCGAGCUAUGGAUUUGUAGAUCGCAUGAUUAACGAAGAACGCGACAAGCUCGUUCGCAACUUCCACAAACAUGUCGACACCCCUGAAACAUGCCUUGCCGCAGUCCAUGCCGUCUGCCUGUACCAGAUUCUGGGCUUCUUUGGAGAUAACUUCUUGCCCGCUGCCAUCGUCCGCCCUCAAGUCCCGAAGGAAGUCAACGACAAGCGCCGCGAAGAAAACGAGCGAGCGGCUGAGUUGCACAGCUCCUUUCUGCUCAAGAUGGCUCGUCGACUGUACAAGAUGCAUCAGGAAAAGCUCUUAACCCACCACAGCGACGAGAACGACUGGAACCGGUGGAAAUAUGCUGAAUCUCUCCGUCGGAACUUCUUCUUCGUUAACAUGAUAAACAUCCUUGGGGCCAGAGCGCGUUUACUCAACGAACAAUACUUUGAGCCUCUCGGCGAUGACAUCGUCCUCCAGCUACCCCUUCCGGCUACCGAGCAUAUGUGGCGCUGUUGCGACGAAGAGGAAUGGGCCAUGGCUCGUGAGCACGCGAUGCACCGGCCGGCCAACAUCCCUCCCGUGCCGCGAACAUUGCGCGAGUUGUUAGAGCAAGACAAGGCAGGGACCUUAGACGCUUCUACGUUAUUACCCAUUACUCGACUGAUUUUCGCGUGUGCCAAGGUUGCCCCGAAGGGUGAUUCGCUUGGUGAUUUAUGA